UAUCUGGCCCAGCAAAAUCAUAUCGAUCGCAGUGUUUGCGAAAGGGAAAAUCUUACGAAAAUGAGCCUAUUUCUACGUACAGUGGCCAGAACUGGUGCCACGCAAUGGAUGCGGGCAUCCCUAUCCACGUCAUCGAUCGUAUACAAGGAUCCAAAGACGCAAAAGGAAGCCCCAAUACUGGAUGCGAGCGUUAUCCUUGCCGGUGAAGAGGAACGGGCUCGUGAUCAUCUUCCUACCAUCACUGUUCCUACGAAGGUUGAUAUUAGCCCCAUUACUGGAGUGCCGGAAGAGCACGUGAAGGAACGUCGUGUACGUAUCUUCAUGCCGGCGAAGAAUGCUAUGCAAAGUGGAACGGAUAACGUCCAACAUUGGAGCAUUGAGUUCGAUAACCGUGAACGCUGGGAGAAUCCAUUGAUGGGAUGGUCUUCAAGUGGCGAUCCGUUGUCGAAUAUGCGCGUCGAUUUUACCACCGCAGAUGAGGCGAUCGCACAUUGCGAAAAGAACGGAUGGAGAUGGUUCGUAGACAAGGUCGAAAUUCAAAAGAAGCAGCGUGUGAAGAACUACGGCAUCAACUUUUCAUGGAACAAACGUACCCGCGUAUCGACCAAGUGAAGAGGUAGAGAAAGCGCCAGUUACAAGGAUGGUCGUUAUUACGCUGUUAGAUCGUUGUAAAUAAGAAACACCUUUGAAAAACUUACCGACCGUAUCAACUCAAUACAAGAACUGUUGAACAUGGAAUUUCUUUCGCCGUGCACACUCUCCCUCUUCAAAAAUAGUAAUGGUUCCUGUUCGAUUAGCAAUU